UGGGCGGGAGCUGCCGCUAGGCCCCGCGUGCUGCGGGUCUGGGCCGCGGGAGUCUCUCAAUGGGAAGAGGGCGGGUCUCCCUGGGGGCGGGCCAGGGCGGGGCGAGCCGCAUCCACCCUCCCGAGGGCUCUCAGAGACCCAGAGCCAGGAACUGGCAGGCGGUUCCGAGCUUCGGAAGCUGUCAGCGAGCAGACGAGGGGAACUGCAGGCAAGCACUAGGAGAGCCUCUGGUCUGGGAGCAAGAGUCGCGCGGGAAGGGGGGCUUCGAGGUGUGCUGCCGAGGAAGGAGUUGGCUGGGAAGACGGUGCAAUAGCAAGUUUCCUAGAUCUUGGGCUACACACCCUCAGGAUGCUGCUCCGCAGUCUCCUCACCCUCCUGUUCUGCCUCAGAGCGUCUGCAGGCCCAUCGCCUCAUUUCCUGCAACAACCAGAGGACCUGGUGGUGCUGCUGGGGGAGGAGGCCCGGCUGCCCUGCGCCCUGGGGGCGUACCGGGGGCUGGUUCAGUGGACUAAGGAUGGGCUGGCUCUAGGGGGCGAAAGGGACCUGCCAGGAUGGCCCCGGUACUGGAUAUCAGGGGAUGCAGCCACCGGCCAGCACAACCUCCACAUUAGGCCUGUGGAGCUAGAGGAUGAAGCAUCCUAUGAAUGUCAGGCCACACAGGCAGGCCUCCGCUCACAACCCGCCCAAUUGCACGUGCUGGUGCCCCCAGAAGCCCCCCAGGUGCUGGGUGGCCCGACUGUUUCUCUAGUUGUUGGGGUUCCUGCAAACCUGACCUGUCAGAGCCGUGGGAAUGCCCACCCCACCCCUGAGCUACUGUGGUUCCAAGAUGGAGUCCGGUUGAAUGGGGCCACCUUUCACAAGACCAUGCUGAAGGACGGGACUGCUGGGCCAUUGGAGAGCACCAUAUACCUGACUCCUUCCAGCCACGAUGAUGGAGCCACCUUGGUCUGCCGAGCACGGAGCCAGGCCCUGCCAUUGGGGAGAGACACAGCUGUCACACUGAGCCUGCAGUACCCCCCAGUGGUGACUCUGUCUGCAGAACCACAGACUGUACAGGAGGGAGAAAAGGUUAUGUUCCUGUGCCGGGCCACGGCCCAGCCUCCUGUCACCGGCUACAGGUGGGCCAAGGGAGGCUCCCCGGUGCUCGGGGCCCGCGGGCCCAGGUUGGAGGUCGUGGCGGACGCCUCGUUCCUGACCGAGCCGGUGUCCUGCGAGGUCAGCAACGCCGUGGGUAGCGCCAACCGCAGCACCGCGCUGGACGUGCUGUUCGGGCCGAUUCUGCAGCGAAAGCCCGAGCCCGCGUCGGUGGACGUCGGGGAAGACGCCUCCUUCAGCUGUGCCUGGCGCGGAAACCCGCCCCCACGGGUGACCUGGACCCGCCGCGGGGGCGCGCACGUGCUGGGCUCGGGGCCCAUGCUGCGUCUUCGGUCGGUGGAGCCCGAGGAUGCAGGCGACUACGUGUGCAGGGCUGAGCCGGGGCUCUCGGGCCUGGGGGGCGGCGCUGCGGAGGCGAGGUUGACUGUGAAUGCACCCCCAGUAGUGACUGCUCUGCACUCUGCGCCCGCCUUCCUGAGGGGCCCCGCCCGCCUCCAGUGUCUAGUUUUCGCCUCCCCCGCCCCAGAAGCCGUGUUCUGGUCUUGGGACGACGGUUUCCUGGCGGCGGGGUCGCAGGGCCGGUUCCUGGUGGAGACGUUCCCGGCCCCGGAAGGCCGCGGGGGACUGGGCCCGGGUCUGAUCUCCGUUCUGCAUAUCGCCGGGACCCUGGAGUCCGAUUUUAGCCGCGGCUUCAACUGCAGUGCCCGGAACCGACUGGGCGAGGGAGGCACCCGGGUCAGCCUGGAUCGUAGAGACUUGCUGCCCACUUUGCGAAUUGUGGCCGGGGUGGCUGCGGUGGCCACGACGCUCCUUAUGGUCGUGACUGGGGUGGUCCUCUGCUGCUGGCGCCACAGCAAGGCCUCUUUCUCCAAGCAAAAAAACCUGGUGCGGAUCCCGGGCAGCAGUGACGGCUCCAGUUCGCGCGGCCCAGAGGAAGAGACGGGCAGCGGCGAGGACAGGGGCCCCAUUGUGCUUACGGACCACAGUGACCUGGGCCUGGAUGAGGAGGGGACUCUGGAGACCAAGGACCCAACCAAUGGCUACUACAAAGUCCGAGGGGUCAGCGUGAGCCUGAGUCUUGGCGAAGCCCCUGGAGGAGGCCUCUUCCUGCCAUCUGCCUCUCCUCUUGGACCCCCAGCGACUCCUACCUUCUAUGACUUCAGCCCCCACCUAGGCAUGGCUCCCCCUUGCAGACUUUAUAGAGCCCGGGCAGGUUAUCUCACCACACCCCAUCCUCGAGCUUUCACCAACUACAUCAAACCCACGUCCUUUGGACCCCCAGACCUAGCCCCCGGGACUCCCUCCUUCCCAUAUGCUGCCUUCCCCACACCCAGCCACCCACGUCUCCAGACUCAUGUGUGACACUUCUCUGAAGAGUCCUGGGAUCUUCAGCUUGCAUAAUGGAUUGUCUUGACUUCUGAGGAAGCAGAACAAGUUGGUGACCUUACUCCUCCAAAAUUGAACAUUGGGAGGAGGGAAUGAUCACAAUUGUCUGGGUCAUUGAUGUACAGUCAGUUCUGCCCAAAGGAAUGCCCUAAGAGGAAGCAAGAUGGUCAUCAUGCUCACCUGUUCCCCUGUGUAAGAGAUUCAAGAUGGCAGCUGAGUCCUUGGCAGAGGGCUGGAGCAGGGGAUGGUAGGAGUUAGGGGCAGGAAUGGAAGUUGUUCCCAGCCACGGAAAGAAGAUGACUUAUUUCAGGAUGACCACGGAAGAAAGAUAGCAUUGAGCAGACCAGGCCCCACCACUAUUCUGGCUCUCCCUUGAGGGGCAAUUUGCUUGGCCACCAUCUUGAUUCCUUCCACCUUCCUUUAAAGCCCAGAAGGAACUGGACACAAAGAGUGCCUAGGGUGAGAACUAUCUUGGGAAGUGAAUGGUUGUGGGAUGAAGGAGAAUCUGGGGAUGAGAGUAUUUAUGUUUAAUAAAAAAAAAGU